AUCAUGAUUCAUUCGAAUUGUGAAGGUUAGGGCAUAGAAAGAAAGGACGGUGGCCGGUGGCGGUGAGUGGUGUGUUUGGGAAAGCGUAAGAGUAAGAAUGGAGGGUGGAGAGGAAGGAUUGGAGAUGAUGGUGGACUCAAAGGACUUACAGCAACAGAGCAAAGCGUUGGACAAACUCACUGAUCACGUCGAGGAUCGCCAACUCGAUUCCACUCGCGUCCAAGAGGCCAUGGCUUCCAUCGCUGCUUCUGCCGAAGCUGAUCGCAAUGCCAUGCGCAUCAGGGAAAAAGAAUUGGCUGCUGUUAAGAUAAAUGCAGCAGAUGUUGAUAUAAUUGCAAAUGAACUAGAGUUGGACAAAAAGGUUGCUGAAAGAACUUUGCGUGAGCAUAAAGGUGAUGCAGUUGCUGCUAUUCGGCACUUGCUUCACUAGAGAGGUGGGAAUGAACAAGAGUGAAUGCUUUAGAAAGUUAUAUUUAUAUGUAUCAGCGUAUAUUGUUUUUCAUCAAAAUUGAAUCUCAAAUGUAACUCUGACCUAAUUCAUUCAGAAAUCAUAACUGUGUUAUUGAUUGACAGUUUACCACCCCUCCCCCUAAACUUUUCUCAACUUCUGUGUUAAGAAAAGGACCCGUUAUCUA